UGCCACACUGCAGCCACAGGAGGCAGAUCCAGUCACUGACCCGCCUUGGUGGAUAAAGAUGGAGAGAUACCAAGCUCGCUGGACUAAUCAAAUCCUACGUAAAUCAUGACGAGGAUUCCUACCUGGAAUGAUCCAUUGAUACGCCCCCCCCUCGGGUGGAGCCUGGUGUGAAUAAUGGCUGCACGCAGGGAAAAGACUCUCUCUGUGUCUCUCCUCUUGGACUUUUGUUGGUGAUUAGACCGCCACUGGUAUAUUUAUUAUCGGGAUGUCCCCCUGUUUGUACCAUGUCUUUCUCUCAUCUAACUCUUCUCUUUCUUCUCCUCUAUCCUUUCAAUCCUCCAGAGGUGAAGCUACCCGUUUACUACUACUAGCUUGCCUGUGUGAUAUCACCUUUUUUGUUUUAUCUCUCCCCUCCUCUCCAGUGGUUUCUCCCUUGCUAAACUUCUUCUUCUUCCCUACUGUACCCCGUUCAGUUCAUCAUCCACCAUGCCUCGCUUUGACGAUGCUGAUUUUGGCGUGGACGCCCCUACUACCGUCCCUGAUGCCAGUACCGUUGCCCCAGACACCCGUUCUCCCAGAGAUCGUGGCAGUGUUGCCGGCUCUCUGCCUAUUCCUCACGAUGCGGGUAGCACCAUUGAAAUCCCUGCCACCAGAAGCUCCAUUAGCGAUGCUGCGCAGUACAUGCACAAUCUGAGCCUGGCUCCCUCUACAAGGGAUCGUCGGGGUUCUCGCAACUCUUUUGGCACUUCUCUCCCUAUCCCCCGCUCUCCCCGUAUCUCUCGCCUGUCCUCUGCCUACGUGGCUGAUGGGGCCACUGUCUCUCGUGAUAUCCUGGCCUCUCAGGUCCAGGAUAUGUCCAAGGAGAAGGUCGCCGCUGCCAAGAACAUGGCCUUUGCUUUUGACAUCGAUGGUGUGCUGGCUCACGGCAACGAGCCCAUUGAAGAGGCCAAGGAAGCGCUCAGAAUGCUCAACGGUGAUAAUGAGCUGGGCAUUAAGAUCCCCUACAUCCUGCUCACCAAUGGUGGUGGUAAGACUGAGACAGACCGCUGCAAGCAGCUCUCUGAGGUCCUUGACACUCCCAUCUCUACCGACCAGUUCAUCCAGUCGCACACUCCAAUGCAGGCAUUGUCCGAGUACUACGACACUGUUCUGGUUUGCGGUGGUGAGGGCCAGAAGGUUCGUGAGGUUGCGGAAAACUACGGUUUCAAGAACGUCGUCCACCCCAAGGAUAUCCUGGCCUGGGACCCCACCAUCUCCCCCUGGAGGUGUUUCUCGGAGGAAGACCGCGCGGAGGCUAAGCCCCGUGACUUCUCCAAGGUCAAGUUCGAUGCCAUCUUGGUCUUUGCCGAUUCCCGCGACUACGCCACCGAUUUCCAGCUAAUCAUGGAUCUCCUGCUCGCUGAGGAUGGAAAGCUCUUGACCCGUGCCAAGGACCCUAUUGCCUCCCGCAUCCCCGUCUACUUCUCCCAGGGUGACUUGGUCUUCCCUACUGACCACAAGGGGCCCCCCCGUCUCACCCAGGGUGCUUUCCGUAUCUCUAUCGAAGCCCAGUACAAGGCUAUCACUGGUGUCGACCUGGAGCGUGUCGUUUACGGUAAGCCCGAGCGUGCUACCUACACUUACGCCGAUGAAGUGCUCCGCUCUUGGAUGGAGCAGAUCCACAACGAGAACCGCCUGCCCCAAAACAUCUACAUGGUCGGUGACAACCCAGCCUCCGAUAUCUGCGGUGGAAACAUGUACGGGUGGAACACCUGCCUAGUUCGCACCGGUGUCUUCCAGGGUGAGGUGAACGACGACAACAACCCUGCCAACUUUGGUGUUUUCCCCAACGUUCUUGAGGCUGUCAAGGCUGCCGUUCGUAAGGAACUCGGCCAGGAAUUCAAGAUGAAGUGGAACCCCAAGGUCAACCCUGUGCUGCAUGGCAACAGCACUUCUGCUGUCGAAUAAGCGGUUGGACCAAAUUGAAAAAAAAAAAAAGAGAGAGAAGAAAAGAAGAAAAGACCCAUGCUGGCGUUUGGUUCUUUAAACCACACAUACAUAUCAAAUUUCCUAUCAUGUUAGACGGAUACGCAUUUUUUUUUUAACUUAUUACGGG